UUGUGACUAUUUGAAAGAAGUAUACUUUUGAAUUUUUCAGAUUUCUGCUCUCUAUACAUCUGUUUUACGAUGUAUAGAGAGCUGCGUCUGUUGCUGCUCACUGCAGCUCUUGCAAUGUUUAUAAUAGGAUACCUUCCUGCUAAGCAAGCUAGCGAUGAAAUCUCUGAUAUCUCGACUGUUCCCCCUGUAUGGAGGAAACGAGUUGGACAGCUUGUCAUUGUUCUGAUAGAUGCUCUUAGAGCUGAUUUUUUUUUUGAUGAUGUCACGACCGAUGAGAAAACCGUUCCUCGUCCAAAGAUCUCCUUCCUUGUUGAACUAUUAGAGAAGAAGGAUUGCCUUGGAGUAGUUAUUCGUUCUAACCCACCUACUGUUACACUACCCAGAGUAAAGGCGAUGUUAACUGGAAGUCUGCCAGCCUAUGUUGAUAUUAUAAACAAUCUGAACUCGGAAACUCUGUUUGAAGAUUCUCUGCUACAGCAGUGGGACAGGGCAGGAUCUAAGAUAGUUAUGUUCGGAGAUGAGACCUGGAGCAGGAUUAGUCCUGUUAAAUUUCUCCGAGAGGAUCCAACCUCAUCCUUCUACGUAACAGAUUAUACACAGGUUGAUGAAAAUGUUACUCGUCAUCUGAACACUGAACUACAAAAGAAUGACUGGGAUGUGAUGGUUCUACAUUAUCUAGGACUGGAUCAUAUAGGACACAUUCAAGGUCCUGGUUCACCACUGGUACCUGGCAAACUGGAGGAGAUGGGUUCAGUUAUUAAACAAAUACAUGAGCAACUUAAUAGUAAACAGUUCAAGGAUGAUCUGCCUCCUGCCAUAGUAGUAGUUGGAGACCACGGGAUGGCAGAUGGUGGGGGACACGGGGGAUCAUCAGAUCCGGAGAUUUUAGUUCCAUUUGUCCUAAUAUCUCAGGGUAUACAGGGUGAGAAGAGAAGGGAAGAUGGGACGGAUUCCGUGAAAUCUCCUCGGGUUCAAUAUCUCCAGGUUGAUGUUACUCCAACUGUAGCUUACCUGACCGGAAUACCUAUUCCCAGAUCUAGCAUGGGACGCAUCAUUGACGGAACCUUCUCCUCCCUGUCUCCUGACCACAAGCUCCAGGUUCUAGAAUACAAUGCUCGUCAGCUCAGCAACCUCUCCAGGGAUACUCACGGAGUAGAACUGCUCCAUGAAGCUUCUAGAUUGAUAAUGAGUAAAAACUUAACACCCGAAGAUAUGAGAGCAGUUGAAUCCUUGUUCGGCUCUAGUAUAUUGUCCUACCAGGAGAACCUGGUGGGAAACCUUACUAACUAUGAUCUUUAUAUCCUUGCUCUCUCCGUUCUUCUUGUCAUCUCCUCUGUCGGAAUACAACCUGGAUCCGUUUCUAACCUUAGUCUCCCUCUCAUCUUUCUCAUCCUAUCCUUUCAUUUUCUAACCUGCUCCGUAGUAGAGUCAGAACUGUGUAGUCUCUCUCCAGCAGCAGGAUUUAUUAUCUUCUUAUCCGUCCUCAUCCUACCCUCAAUCAGACAUGUUAAUAACUCUGUAAAAAAUAUAGUUUUUAAUGGAGAAUUCGUCCCACUCUGUUUUCUUCUCCCUCAUUCAUUUAGUUUCCUUAGUUCAUCCUUCAUAGAGGAGGAACAUCAAACCUUAUAUUUUCUAUCCGCAACCCUGCUCCUCUACUCUUCUAUAAACACGGAUAUCGAUGAUAAAGAACGAGGGCGGAGAGGACAGGUUCUAUCAGCAGGAUUAGCUCUUGGUCUACAUCGACUUCUCCGUGGGUUUAAUCAGACCGGGGACAAGUGGAGACAUCUACCGGAUAUAUCUGACAACUUGAACCUUCAGCCAAACCUCAGGUUUAAUCUGUUUGUUUUCUCUGCAGUCUCAACCUUGAUAUUUUUGAACUUGUCCUAUUCAGGUCUGGUCCUUAACUUUAUCAUAAUCAUGUGCAUAAUCCUACAGAAGUAUUAUGUUUCAGUUGAGCUUGCUCAAAUAGUUUAUCUGGCGUUAUUUAUAAAAAUUGUUGUACAAAGGAGACAAAGUACUUUAUUUUAUGAAACUGUGAUACUUCUUUGUUGCUUAUUACUAGAGGACACUAAUGUUGUAUGUUUGUUUGUAUUAUUAUGUUAUCUCAAUGUUGUUAAGCCUGUAAUGAUGCACGUACAACCAGCAACAGCUUUAGUGAUGGCAAUUGUCAUCAUUAAAUCAUCAUUUUUUUAUUUUGGAAAUUCUAACACACUUUCCACAAUAAAUGUUGGAGCAGGAUAUAUUGGACUCACUGCGUACAGUCCUGGACUAGUAAUUGUACAACUUGCUGUACACACUUACGCAGGUCCUUGCGUCAGUCUGGCAUAUCUGCUACAGCAUCUGGAGAAGGAUGCGCUCAAGGAUGCAUAUUUUUUCUCCACUUGGUCCGAUAUUGUUGUCUUCGCCAUUUUGUGUAUACUUCUCCGGUUCCAUAUUUUUGUUUGGACCGUUUUUGCCCCAAAACUUCUGUAUUUUGGAAUGGAAUUGGUAGUUUUCAAUGCAUUCUUUGCUCUAUCUAGCAUGUUUUCUAUUUUUAUGAGAUGAGAACCAUUAAUUUUUUUUUCUUCAACAUAUUUCAACCUUUUUUAUUAAUGAAUUGUUCAGAAAGAACACAUUUAAAGAUUUGUUUUGGUCAAAAAGUGUAUUAUCUUGAAUUUGUUACCAAUGUUCCUAAAUUAGUAAAUUUCCCAUGAAGGAGUGACAGAAAAGAUUAACAACAGCUAGUAUAGCCAGAACCUCUUGAAAAAAACUAUCCUGAUCAUUAAUGCUUAAAAAAUCUCUAAGUGGGGUUGCUUAAAGUUCAUAAGAUACAAUGGUUUUGUAGUUAAAUAUUCAAUAAAUGUAUAAUUCAUGUUUUGAUCUAAAUAAUUAUUUUCAGA